AUGACUACUAUUCAAGUGGCUACUCAAAGCGAUGAGAAGGAAAAUCAUAACGCGAGCGCUGUUGGCUUCCUUCUCAAGGCAUGUCCGACUUCUCCAGCUGGCUUAAGGCCCUGCUGCCCGAGUUUGAAUUUCUCAGAUCAAAACCACGCUUCAACCAAUCAAUCUACAGAAUGCGCCACUCCGGGAGGAGCUGAAAGUCUGUCCGGUUGGGCUGUACCGCAGUCAUCCGUCAAACGAAGUUUAAUAACUGUGGGGUCCACAUCUGCCUCACCGGCUUCAAGAGUGCGUGCCGAUGAUAGUUGGAUUCUUCCAUCUGAGCGGCCUCCUCCAAAUGCUCCUAUACUAAUCGGAUCUGUUUCGGAAGUAUUGGACUUAAGCUAUAGACAUGAAUCCAUGCGAGACGUGCUAGGUUCUUCGCUUUCUACAUUCCCAGACUCAAAUCCUGAUCCCGACCUGUCUUCAUCCCUGCCUCCGCCGCUAUCUGGAGGCAGACAUAUGGUCACGCCUGUCCCUAGUCUGUCUGACUGGCGCCUUCAGACGACUGGUCAGCCGAGAAAAGCAAAACGAAUCUCUGGACUUAUAUUUCAGCUCUCCAGCACUUUAGAACCCACUGUAGAUCCAGAACAUCUUGAAAAGGACAUGGUAACUCUUAGUACAUGCAGAACGAGUGACUGA